GACCGCCAGGCCAAGACGUCUUAUUUUAUUAUCCAAGAUUUGUAGUAGUUGUCUCACCACAGCUUUAGAUCAUCAGCGCCCCUGGGUGAAGGGCCGACAGUCCAGUCCCACAGUAAGCAGAAAGACUUGGCAAAUUUUGAAUUUCGCACAUUUAUCUAGCCGUGUCAUCCUCUUUUUUUUCACCCGUCUUUGAUACUGCGUGACUUUUGUCCCUUUUGUCUUUUUCAUCCCGUCUUCGGACCAGCGCCGAAAAUGGCCUCCCACAGAUACCAAAGUCCAUCUGAGGCGACGCCAAGGAGCGAUGCAUACCAUGAUGGACUCGAGGUAGCGGCUCCUCAGCACAACAACCUCGAGGUCCACUCGCCAUACGAUGGACCCAUGCCCAUGCCCAUGGCACACAACCAGCGUCCUCCGACGAACAAUUACCCCAACGCCGACAGUGCCGCCGACAGAACGUCUGCAUGGGAGUCCAAGACGCUGUAUUCGAACUCGCCCCUUCCAAUACCCGUGGCAACUCCCGCCUACCACGAGAACCAAAGUUCUGGAAACACUGGCACCCAGCGGGGGAAGAAGAUUGGGUUCAUCGUCGGCGCCAUCGCCGCGGUCAUCAUCGCCGGCGUCGUCUCAGGCAUCGUCGGAUGGCAGGUGACCGAGAACAGGACCCGCGACCGCAUCGUGGCCUUGGAGGCGGAGCUCAGGGAAGGCGGCGGCAGCGGCGGUGGAGCUAACAGCUGCGGCGUCAACCAGAACGACACGAGAGGCGUGGUUGACUUCCUGCAAAAGGGCUCCUCCCUCUCCGUCACCAGCUACCGCCCGUCCGAAGCGAGUACGGACUUUGAGAUGCGCGUCUACUACCAGAAGCCCUUUGGCGGCUCCAUCUACUAUUCGAUCUACAACACAAACUACGGCGCGUGGUCCAAGCCGCUCGAGGUCGGCGUCAAGUCCAACAGGGAAAGGGAGGGCGAUCCGCCGUGGGAGGGCACCCCGCUAGCCGCCACGGUGGUGCUGAACGACUCGCCGUUGAGACCCGUGCCUUGGGAUCAGGUCCUCUACGUCACCCAUGAGGGCAAGAUCGCCAUGCAGGACUGGGGCCCGGCCUACCCGCUCUGGGGCACCAAGGCGACGACGUACACGGACCUCGGCAACAAGCCCACCAAGGGCGGCAAGAUAGCGUACAUCUGGCCGCACAGCGUUUUUGAGGUCAGCAACGGCAAGGACUCGGUCAAGCUGACGCACCUCAUCCAGGACUACACGGAGAAGAAGAACUUCACUAGCAUGUCAGUCGAGCCCGUGGCGGGCAUCAGUCCGGGCACGGCGAUCGUGGCGUUGCCGAUCAAGGCCGCGUUCAGGGCACCGGAGCUGCGGCUCGUCUACCGGACCCGCGAUGGCAACCUCGGCAUAUUGGACCGUAACGGGGAGAACAAGACCAGGGAGGCCGUCCUCACCCGGAUCAGUGUCCCCGACAAGGCGCCCAUAACGGGUUUCUCGUCACGGCCGAACAACAGCCCGUUGGUGACGACGAAGCUCCUCUUUCGGGGCUCCGACAACAAGGUCCAGAUCCUGACGCAGAGCAGCGGGAUUGGUGACCUUACUGACACGGACCGGUGGGACGGCCCAGAGACGGACCCCGUUUUCGACAACAUGGACAGCGACUCGCAAAUCGCAUGUCUAACAAACUCCAUAGCAAAGUAUGGCAGAGUCACCAGGGAUGUCGCCGAAAACGACGAGAUGAGCAGGUGCUUUUUUCAAGAGGGUGGGAAGCUGAAGCAGGUCCACUGGGAUGGCAUGAAGUGGAAGGAUAUUGGGUUUGUGCCAAUGCCGGUACAAUCGUGAGGAUUCUGGAGGGGGAUGGUGGGGGAUCGAUUCAGCACCAGCCAUGAUUUAGUAACCAUUUUUGAGAUACCACAUGUCAUACUUUAUGCAUUAGCUAUAAUAAUAACAUAUUUUAUCAUAAGGCCG